AUGCCCAAAUUCGAUGAGGAUUCCCAAAAGUUCACAACUUGGUUGGAAUCGUCCGGUGUAACGAUUUCUCCUAAGAUCGCCAUAGUAGAUUUGCGAGACCAACACCAGGGAAGAGCAGUAGUCGCUGUUGAAGAUAUUGAUGCUGACGAGGUGUUGUAUUCUAUCCCAAGAAGCUCACUUAUAAAUGUAACUAACUGUUCUUUAGUGGAUGACCAUCCACAUCUCAAGGAAAAGUUGCAAAAGUUGGGCCACUGGGAAGGUUUGAUCACUGUACUCCUUUACGAAUUGAAAGCGAAAAAGGAAAACAGCAAAUGGCUUCCGUACUUCAAUGUCUUGCCGAUUAAUGACAAGGAAAACUACCAAUUGAACCAGUUGGUUCAUUGGUCAGACGAAGAAUUGAAGAGCUUGGAACCUUCUCUAGUUCUUGAAAGAGUAGGAAAGGAUGACUCCUUACAAAUGUUCAAUAAAUUGUAUCCCAGGAUUAUAAUUGAAGAGUUGGGUUUGAACGAGUUGGAAGGAAUUACGACAGAAGACUUGUACAAUGUAGCCAGCUUAAUUAUGUCGUACUCCUUCGAUGUUCAGCUUCCUAAAGAAAAUGUAGAGGAAGAAGAUGAAAGUCAAGACGAAGAGGGAGAUGAAGAAGAAGACUUGGAAGUAGAUGACGAUGACGUACUUGAAGGAAAUGAAGACAGCGAAGAGCAGGAAGAAGUUGCUGAACCUGAUGACAUUUACAAAGAUGACAUAGAAAACGAUGGCGCAGUCAAAUCAAUGGUUCCAUUGGCAGACACAUUGAACGCAGAUACCACUUUACACAAUGCUAGUUUGAACCAUUCUGAAGGAGACCUUAUCAUGAAAAGUAUCAAGCCCAUCAAAAAGGGAGAGCAAGUUUAUAACAGUUACUUCGACCACCCUAAUAGUGAAAUUUUGAGAAGAUACGGAUAUGUCGAAUCACAAGGAUCUCUGCACGAUUUUGGUGAAGUACCAUUGUCCCUAAUCAAGAGCUACUUUGUGAAUAACACUAAUUUGACUGGAGAAUUCCUUGAUCAAAUCUUUUCUAUUCUCAACGAUAUCUCAGAGUCCAUGGAGGACGUAGACGAGCAGGUAGAAAUUGUUUUGGACUCUUAUGAUUGUUAUAAGAGUAGAGAAGUGAUCACGGAGUUAGUAUUUAUAGUCCAAGUGUUAUCAGUCAUAUCUGAAAUCAACAAGGAAGAACAUCUCGAUACAUUGAAUGACGAAGCAAGACAAAAGCAAAUCAACCGUAUCUUCCAGAAGUGCUACCAACUUAUCGAAGGCAAGAAGCUCACCAACAACUUCAAGUCCAACUUUCAAAAGAUUUUGCAAACCAGAUUGGAACAAUACCCUGAAGUUGCCGCUCUACCAUAUGAAGAUGGAGUCGCAUUCACUCGUAGAAAGAUGGCUGAAGUUGUGUUGAAGUCUGAAUACCAGUCUCUAAAGAACUGUUCGGAUAUAACCGAGACCUUCCAAAACGGAAAAAUGGGUAAAUUCGGCUUUAUCGAUGAUGGUAAGUUGAUUAGAAACAUCACUAAGAAGAGGCCAGCAGAAGAAAGUAACGUCAGCAAGAAGAAAAAGAAGAAGGUACAGUAA